UAAUACUUUGAGUAACACUUCACCAGAAUUUGUUGAACCACGAAAGUGAAUUUUUGUAAGAGCGCAUUGCGAUCCAAUGACAAGGAAGAUUUAAAUUUUCUGAUAUUGAAAAACAAUUUUCUUAUCUUAAAAAAUAAAUCUUCUUUAAAAGUGAAUUGCAACAAGGUGGAGCCUUUGAUUUCCGUUUGCAAAAGCAACGGCAAAUCGAUUUGUACUUUUAAUAUUUUUGCACCCAGUUAUUAUAAACUAAUUGGAGUGAAAAAUAAACUUGUGUAAAGAAUUCAUGUGAAAAGCUGUUCAUGAAAACUUGAACGCGAGGACGAAAGUUUUGCUAAAAAUUCGUUCGACGUAAAAAGCUGCAUGCACAGAGAAAAUCCAAUAGGUAUAUCCUGCUUUUUUUUCUCUAGUGUGUCGAAAAAAAAAUUGUAUAAAAGAAUUUUGAAGAAAGAAAAAACUAAAACUGGAAAUUUUAAACGCAGUUACUGUUUGAACUGUUUUUCGUCUCAGAAAAAAGUGAUAAGUUCGCCCUUUUGUGUUGUCAUUGCCAACGAUUAAGCGUUCGCAGACGAACAACAAUAAAACAAACUGUAAAGUACAAUAACUGUUAGAGAGUAAAGACUUCCUUGGCGAUUUGUGGACGAAGCAACAAGGCUGGAUUCCUAAAUUGCCAUUGUGAGGCCCUAAACGUACGACAUUGCGGCUUUUAAAAACUCCACCUUUAAGCACAUUUUGAGUACAAUUAGCUAACGGGUUUCUAAGCACCUGCUAUAACAGUACAAUUUGUGUGUGACAUACAUACAUACCCAAAAAAUAUCUACACACAUACAACUCAGGCAAAGUUUGGGAAGCGUUUAACCUCUAUUAGCAGAAAUGGAGGUCGAAACCACUCAGCAAAAUGGUAAUACGAGCUCACGCGAAAGCUCCAUCGAGCGUGAGCUUAACGAAGAUGUGCAGCAGGCUGUGCUAAACGGCUCUUCAGGGUCGCCGAAAGUUACGAAUGGGCACAUGAAGAAGCCGUUGCCUGUAGGUGAUGGUCAUGAUCGCAUCAAGCGCAGGGCCAGACGUCUUAUACACCGACAAAAUAGUCGUGGCGAAACAAAUGGCGUUACCGGUUCAGCUAUAGCUGUUAUGAAUGGAACUGCUGGCGGCUAUGUGGUGCCACAUCGUCGUUGGAAGAAUAGUCGACGUUCGCGCAACGGCCAUGGUCGUGGUUUGCCGAAGAAGGGCGGCGCCGGUGGUAAAGGCGUUUGGGGCGUGUUCGGUUCCGAAUUGUUGUGUGAUGUGAUUGUUGAGGAUGAGAAUGAUCCCAACUACGAUAGCGAAUAUAAUGACAGGAAUAUCGAGCUGCGUGAGGUUAUUCCCGAGAUGACUCCGGAAGAAUUCUUCAAAAAAGCUGAACCUAUUAUAUUGGAGUAUUAUGAGCACGGCGGUACCGAUGAGGUGGCGGUAAGUUUUGAUGAAAUACUUACCGGGCCGUUGCGACCAUAUGUGACAAGCGUUGUGGUAGAGAUAUCAAUGGAUCAUAAGGAUUCGCAGCGUGAAAUGACUUCGGUAUUAAUUUCCGAUUUGUAUGGACGCGUCAUAACCGGCAAAGAUAUCGAAAAAGGGUUCGAAAUUUUGCUGAAUAAUUUGCCUGACUUGACACUGGACACACCAGACGCGCCUACCAUACUAGGCAAUUUUCUCGCACGUGCUGUCGCCGAUGACUGCCUCCCACCCAAAUUCGUCACAAAGCCGACUGAUCUCGAUGCGCAGAGUCAACAAGCUGCCGCAGCUAUACGUCGGGCUGACACCCUACUGCACAUGAAGCAGGGAUGGGCUCAUUUGGACAAUGUUUGGGGCAUGGGCGGGCCGUUGCGACCAGUAAAGACCAUUACCAAGGAGAUGACUUUGCUAUUGAAGGAGUAUUUGUCAUCUCGUGACAUUCAAGAGGCACAUCGCUGUCUACGCGCACUCGAAGUACCACAUUUCCAUCAUGAAUUGGUGUAUGAAGCCAUUGUCAUGACACUUGAAUCCCUCAGCCAUACAACUGAGGAAGCCAUGUGUGAGCUACUCAAGUCAUUGGAUCAGGCAUGCUUGGUGUUGCCAGCCGGCAUGGAACAGGGCUUCCUGCGCGUAUUUGACGACAUGGCUGACAUUGUCUUGGAUGUGCCUCUUGCAUACAUAAUAUUGGAUCGCCUUGUAGAGCGGUGCAAUCGUGCUGGUUUUAUAACUGAUAAGAUUUUAUGUAAUAUGCCCUCUAGAGGACGUAAACGAUUUGUCUCCGAAGGAGACGGUGGCCAUAUUAAGCCACAAACUAUUCCGCUACGCGACUAGUGGAGUACGUGGCUAUUAACUAUAACUAAAGCAACAUACACAACAACAACAAAAACCAGAAUCCGAACUUUUUAACCACAAAAUAAAUGCAUUCUUUCUACAAAUCAACCGACAAAUAUUAAAAAACAAAAUUAAAAAAAAAUUUUAAAACAAAAAAAAGUAUUAAAAAACGUAAAAAAAAAAAAAUAAAAUGAAAAAAAAAAUUAAAAAAAAAAAGAAAAAACUCUUACAACUAUAACCGACAGCAAAAGUAAUAAUAAAUCAAAUAGUAUUAUCAUCCGCUGCU